GGUGGGGGGUUGUGUGUCAGGGCUCUGCUGCCCCCCCAACCCCGUGUCCCCCCGCUCGGUGCCAAUCCCGACCGCCGGUCCCCUCCGCCCGCCCCACUGAGAGCAUCGCUGCAUUGUCACGGGGGGACAGAACCGACGGGUGAUUCUGCGGGGCUGGGGAGGGCUCAGCUCCCCCGAUCCCAUGUCCUGCGUGUCCCUGGGACGCUCCGUGGCAAGGUAGAGCUUUUCCUCCGGCUGACCCCUCCCCACAGCCGGGGGCAGCGGCGUCCUCCCUGCUCCAUCCUCGCUGCUUUUCCCCUCCAGCUCCUGACCUCUGCUGCCCUCGGGACAGAGGGAAAAGAGAGCAGUCCCUACUUCUUCUCCUCCAUUCCCAGAACCACCAGUGCUCCCAGUGAUGAGUAGGAUGGGGUGGGAAGAGCUUUGCUAAGAUCCUUGAGGGAUGCUCUGUGCAUCAUCAUGGAGAUGUUUUUAUCACAGAUGUGCUCUGGGGUAAAGGAGAAGCAGGAAGAGGAAAAUGAUGUGGAGUGUGAAGCCUGGCCGUGACCAGAUUUCCUCUUUUUACCAAAAUUCAGUUGCAAGAGCCAGGUCUCUCCGUGGGGCGGUGUUGGGCAGGGGGGACAGGCUGAGCAGCAAAAACAGGGGGGCAUGUUUGCUCCUCUCCAAGUGUUGUCUGUGCCCAGGGCUCCCCGGAACAUGGCCAGGCUGUGGUGUGUGGAUCCUCAGCAAAGGGCAAUGCAGGUUUGUCCCCUCUCCUCAGCCCUUCUCCCUACAGCUGCAUGCUGGGGCCUUGCAAAGCUGGGGUGUGCUCAUGCACCCACAUCCCUGCCUCAAACCAGAGGAGCUGACAGGGAUUUUCCCCUCCCUCCAAGGAUUAAAACCCACCCAAACCAAGGCAAGUUUCCACAGCGUUGGCCAGGGUGGUAUCCCUGCCCGGGCCCACACCUGGGAUGUUUCUCCUGAGCACAAAAACGUUUGUAAGAGCUUCCAGUGCCUUCACCUUUUCCUGACACCCUCCCAUCUCAGCUGGUAGUUGAAAGCAAGGGCUUUGGCCAGGCUGUCACAGGAAACCCUCCCUGCCCGCUGGCCUUUCACUGGAAGGGCUCUCCUGGGGACCAGCCCAGUUCGGCAGCCUGGCUUGUGGUGUCCAGAUUGGAUCCCAAACCCAGAGCAGCCUGGCCAUGCUGGGAACCAGCACAGCAGCAGCGAGGCAAUCUGCUGGAAUCCUUCCAGCUUCCAUUAGCUCUGGAGUCCUUUCCCACCCUGCUUCACUGUGCCUGGAAGGCACCACCUUCUCCCAAGAGGCUGCUGCUCCUGCAAGGGCAAGAGGGAGACCAUGACCCGCAAGGCAGGAUGGGGUGUCCCUGCUCCAGGGGUGCUCUCCAUGUGUCUGACCUGGGUGAUGUCCCCAUAGGCAUUUCUGCAGCCAAGCAAAGCCGGCAUGAGAUGAGUCAGGGCUGGCUACAACCCCCUCUCCUCCCUCCUGCUUGCAGGAGCAGUGUUAAGAGAAGAAAUGCAAAAGGCUUUGAUGGAAGGAGCAGAGACAGAGGCAGCCUGGUUCAGGCUGUGCUCUCCUCCACUGCCACUGGCCUUUGUGGGCUGAAAGCUGGGGUUUUGCAUCAAACCUGCAGGAACUGAGUUUUCCUCGGAGUUUCUGACCUUGCUUGCAGCUCUCAAGGGGGUUUGAGUGUACCAGAGUUCUGGCAGGGUAAUCCUUUCUGUAGGAAACUGUGUAACACAAGGCUUGUUGUUCUAGCUCCUCUGAGACUCUGCCAAAGCGUAGGGGCUGGAAAGCCUUCCCGGGCAACAUGUUCCCCCUGGCAUCAUGUCCAGUGGGAAUCAAGGCUGGGAGAUGGGAUUUUUUCAGAGCUGCUGAGGCUGGAGUAGAUGCUUCCAGCCUGAGCAGCUGCCUUUGUCCCAUCUCCCUGGGGCUGCUGUGUGGUGACCUUGGCAGGUGCCACUGCAGUGACUUGAGCUCCUGGAAGAAAGCCUAUCUACACUGCUGCCUGGGCAGCCUCUGUGGUAGAAGGAUGGUGGGAGCGCUGCAAACUCUCUGGGGAGGUUUGCAAUACUGCCUCAGUUUCCCCAGGCUCAUCCUGUCCCGCUGGGAGCACUCAGGGGAAGAGCAGAAAUCUGUCCUCAGGUCUCACAGGCCUGUCAUGAAUGCAUAGGCCAUGUCCUCUGUCCCCACGCUGCCACUCUGGAGGUGCCAGCCCCUGCUGUGCCCCGCUGGGAGCCUUAUCCGAUGCCUGCCCAGGGAGGAAGUGGUUAAAAUAACCGGAUUUCCUGGGUGCGAUGCUGGAAGGGAAGGCGACCUGCAGAAGUGAUUGGAGGGAAGGUGACCUGCAGAGCUGCUUUGCAAGGCACCUUCUGGCGUCCGGAAAGUCCUGAGUGAGACUGAACUUGAAAUCCAGCUAGAGCUCGGUUUUUCCAGCCAAUAUUUAAGAGCUUAAGUAACUCCUUUCUCCGCACACCCCCAGCCCUCUCCUCCUGAGGGCAGUCGAAUUUAUUCAUGGCACCCUUGUCCCACUGCAGGGGUGGCCGCCACCUUCCGUGUGCCACGAUAACACUCAGGAGCGAGAGGGCAAAGAGCGGUGGUUCAAAGGUGGGAGCGCUCUGUCUUCCCGAGCCUUUCCCAGCCCCGGGCCUUGGCCGCAGUGGCCGGAAAAAGCAAAACUUUGUUCCUCGUGCUCGGGCUGGCAAGACAGAGGGCACAGGCUGGUGCUCGGGGCAGUGCUGGGAGUGGGAGACAGACGCAAGGAGAGCUGGUCCCCUGGGAGAUGCCAGGGGGUUUGGGGAUGCCUAGCGGGAAUGUGCUGCACCCCUCCUCCCACGGCUUCAGUGGCAUGAUGAGGCUGUUUGUAGGGUGAUUUGACUUCUAUUUGAUUUCCUCGCCGGUGCUUCCUCUGUGCUAAUUGUUUCCACCCACCCUAGGGGUGGUAGAAGGGGAGGUGGAGGAAAAGGUCACCCGACUCCAGCUGCAGAAGCCAAGUUGGUGAGAUGGAUCCAACCCUGCUCCCUCCGGCCCCAGGGCUGGUCUUGCUAGUUUUCGAAGCAGCUGUGUGGCUGAUUCCUAAAGCCAGGAGAUCCCUCCCAUCCCCCUAGUGAGGCCAAGAGGCUGCAGAGGAAGGAAGCGGUAUCUUUGCUCCAAAACAACUCGCUCUGCUCUUGGCUGUUGCAGGUACCUGCUGCAUAGAGGAAGCCACUUACUGCUGCAGCCCUCCCCAUCCCCUCUCCUGACGCCACCGCGGCAGGGUGACACCGGGGCUCUCUGGGUGCAGCAUCCAGGGACGGUUCCAUCAGCUGCUGCUACAAAGUGCCAAUUUUGUCAGUGUCAUCGCCACCCAACACACCUGCAGCUGGGAAACCCAGCACUGAGACACCAGCCUUCUGGGUGACACAGGAUGAGUGUGCCGGCCAAUGAGCUGGGCAACCCGGCCCAUGCCAUCUUUGAGAGGUUCCUGCGUGCUGGGGAGUGCCGAGAGGUGCUGGGCUGCUUCGCAGAGCUAUGUCAGCAGCUGGGGCUGCAGGGCAGCGGGCUACAGCUAUACCAUGGCCUCAAGGCUGCCCUCAACUACUGGAAUGCCAAGGCCCUGUGGAGCAAGCUGGAUAAGAAAGCUGGGCACAAGGACUAUGACCAAGGCACAGCCUGUGCUGGCACCAAGUGCCUGGUGGUGGGCGCUGGCCCCUGUGGGCUGCGGGAGGCCAUUGAGCUGGCGCUGCUGGGUGCCCGCGUGGUGCUGCUGGAGAAACGCGACUCCUUCUCCCGCAACAACGUCCUGCACCUCUGGCCCUUCACCAUCCAUGACCUGCGGGCACUGGGUGCCAAGAAGUUCUACGGGCGCUUCUGCACUGGCACACUGGACCAUAUCAGUAUCCGGCAGCUCCAGCUGAUCCUGCUGAAGGUCGCUUUGCUCCUAGGGGUGGAGGUGCACAUCAAUGUGAGGUUCGAGGGCCUUGCUCCCCCCACGGGCAAGGCAGGUGGCUGGCAGGCUGUGCUGCAGCCCAGUUCCUCUCCGCUCACCCACUAUGAAUUUGACGUACUCAUCUCAGCUGGCGGUGGCAAAUUUGUCCCUGAAGGGUUCAAGCGGAAGGAGACGCGUGGGAAGUUGGCCAUUGGCAUCACCACCAACUUCAUCAACCGCCACAGCCGGGCUGAGGUGGAGGUGGCUGAGAUCAGUGGCGUGGCCCGAAUCUACAACCAGAAGUUCUUCCAGAACCUGUACAACAAAACGGGCAUUGACCUGGAAAACAUCGUAUACUACAAGGAUGAAACUCACUAUUUCGUCAUGACGGCCAAGAAGCAGAGCCUGCUCAAGAAAGGGGUCAUCCUCCAGGACAAAGCAGACAUUGAGAGCCUCCUGUCCCCAGAGAAUGUGAACCGGGACGCCCUCCUUAGCUAUGCCAAAGAAGCUGCCAACUUCUCCACCAACUACUGCCUGCCCGAGCUGGAGUUUGCCCUCAACCAUCGGGACCUGCCGGAUGUUGACAUGUUCGACUUCACCUGCAUGACACGUUCAGAGAAUGCAGCGCUGGUGCGGGAGCACAACGGGAGCCGUCUGCUCAUGGGGCUGGUGGGCGACUGCUUGGUGGAGCCCUUCUGGCCACUGGGCACCGGGGUGGCCAGGGGCUUCCUUGCCGCCUUCGACGCAGCAUGGAUGGUGCGGCGGUGGGCGGCUGGGACACCCCCGCUGGAGGUGCUGGCUGAAAGGGAGAGCAUCUACCAGCACCUUUCGCAGACAUCCCCAGACAACACCAACAAGAACAUCAGUCAGUACAGCAUCGACCCGGCCACGCGCUACUCCAACAUCAACUUGCAGGCCAUCAAAGCCAGCCAGGUCAAGGACCUUUACCUCGUGGGUAUGGCGGAGGUGGACCACAAGAGCAAGAGUGACAACCGGCUCAGCAUUGCAGCCCCUGGAGCUGUCUGUGAAGAGCUGCUGAGCUGGUGCCAGGCCAGCACUGCUGGAUACCCUGGCGUGGCCGUGACCAACUUCAGCACCUCCUGGACCAGUGGCUUGGCCCUCUGCGCCCUCAUCCACCGCUUCCGUCCAGACCUGGUGGACUUUGACUCUGUGGAUCCCCAGGAUGCUGUUCAGACCCACCAGGUUAUGCUGGACAUAGCAGAGCAGGAGCUGGGCAUCCAGCCUGUCCUCUCCAGUGCUGAGAUGGCCACCAUGACAGGGCCUGACCAUCUGGACCUCAUCACCUACCUCAGCCACUUCUAUCAAGUUUUCAGGAACUCUCCAGAGGUGGAGGUCAGCAAGAAGCCACUGUCUCCCCAUCACACUCGAGGGGCUAUCCUCUUCCUCAGCAAGCUGCAGAAGAGCCGGAACCUGGCACACAAACGUGCCCAGAACAAUGCCCAGAAGGACACUGAGGCCAAGAGGAGCUGCAGGGACGCUGAGCAGGACACGGGGCUGGAUGGAGACACUCCGGACAGUGCCCACGAGGUGCCACAAACCAGCAUGAUGGACUCAGGGCAGCCUCCGAGGGAGAGGACGGGGGAGAACAGUGAUGCCUGCUACAUCUGUGGCCGCCGUGUCUACAUCCUGGAGCGAGCCAGCGCUGAGGGACACUUCUUCCACCGCGGCUGCUUCCAGUGCCAGCGCUGCGGGGCCACCCUGCGCCUGGGCGACUAUGCCUUCAACGAGGAGGAUGGUCAUUUUUACUGCUCGCUGCACUACCCCAAUCCACCCAGCACGGACCUGCCCCGGGAUGAGGCUUCAGCACUGCUUGAUGGGAAUGUUGAUGCUGCUGCCCACCCACCCUCAGAUGCUGGAUGCUUGUGUGUGUCCCCCAUGGAGUGGGCACCCAGUCCACUUCAGCCCACUCCAGCAGCCCCACAGGCAGGGGAAGAGCCUGGGGAAAUUGAGGACACUGCAGAUGUUGGUGACAUGGAGGAGCAGGAGCUGCUGGCACAGCCUGGGGGGGAUGUGAGGGAAGAGGAGGUUCCCAGAGUGGAGCCCCAAGAGACAGCAGAGGAGGGUGAGGAGAGUGGGGGCAGGAGGAAGAUCAUCCUUACACCACUGGAGAAGCUCAGUCUAUCCACGCUGAACCUCACUGGUGAAGCAGAGCCCGAGCCUCCACUGAAGCCAGAUCGUCUGCAUCUCCAAGCAGCACCUGAGGCCCUCCCUGCCCUGUGGCAAGGACAAGGUACCUGGAAGGAGGAGGAGGAGAAAAUUGACAUGGAGAAAGAUUUGGAAGAGAGUGACAGUGAGGAGGAGGAGAAAGAGGAAGAGGAAGGCACAGGUCUUGGCAUCAUGAAAGAGCUGUACCCAGACCCCAGGGAAGAGGAGAAAUACCCCACCUGGAAGCGCACAUUGGCCCGCCGGGCCAGGGAAUCCCAGAUGAAGAGGUUCUGCAGAGCCCAGGCCAUCCAGAGGCGACUGGAGGAGAUUGAAGUGACUUUCCGGGAACUGGAGCAGCAGGGCAUCAAGUUGGAGAAGUUACUCCGGGAUGAGAAUGAGAGCCCGGCUGACCAGCAGACACAGUGGACAAACCAGCUGCUGUAUCUGGUCCAGAAGAAGAACAAUCUGAUGACAGAGGAGUCGGACCUCAUGAUUGCGGUGCAGGAACUGAAGUUGGAGGAGCAGCAGUGCCAGCUUGAUGAGAAGCUCCGGAGUUACAUGAACAAGGAGGAUACCCUGAAGACAGCUGAGGAUGAGAAAGCUGAGCAGGAGAUCCUGAAGCAGCUGGUGGAGGUGGUGAAUAAGCGGAAUGUCCUCAUCCAGUUGCAGGAGGAGAAGCGGCUCAGCGAGCUGCGGGCUUGAUCCACACAGCCCCAGAGCCAGUGGAUCCUCCCCGGGGGACAAGCAGAGUGUGUGUGUGUGUGAGUCUUGGGCUCAGCAUUACUCUGAGCUACCUCUGGAGGUGGCGAUGCCCCAGCUGCCCACAGCUGCCAGCUGCUGCCACAGCAAUUCCAGCUCCCUGCUUGCCAAAGUCUGUCAUGGAGGGGCCAGACCUGAUGGUGGAUGCCUACAUGAGGAGACACCAAGAAGCACUCAGCUUUGGGGUGCUGAGAGGGUGUUCCUGUGCGUGGCUGGAUUGCCUUUGCCUUGUGCUUGUUGCAAAACCAGACUCACAGGGGAGUGCAGAAGUGGGCUGUGGUGGCUCCCAGCAGCAAGGAGGUGACUGGCCACCAAAGGCAGGCCACAGGGCAGAUGCCAUAUGUGCAGGGGCACCUUCCGGAAUGGUCCCUUGAAACCACCCUGGGACAUCCUUCCCAGCUGAGGGCAUCCAUCCCAGCCUGUCCAUCUCAAGGGACAUCUGGCUGUACAAGCUGGAGCCCGUGACAGACAGACUGGGCUGAUCCAGCUGCUCUGCACCACUGCUUGUGGAUACCACAUCCACGCUGUUCCCAGAUUCUGCAGGAAACCAGGGUCAGAACCCUACCAUGAACCCCUUGGGCCAGGGAAGGAUUUUUUGUCCAGUAGUUCCUAAGGAAUUGUGCUCAGGGCCAGCACUCUAAAACAGAGGACAAGGGACACCAGGGGCCUAUGCCCUCCUUGCCCCUUUGGGAUUUCUUCUGCUUGGUGAUGCCACACUGGCUUUUGCACAGACAUCAGACACCCCUGGAGUCCCUGGCUGUUGCAAGGUGGCCUCUGUGGCCAAAUGGUGCCCAUGGCAGCCCCAGAUGUAUUGGGAUGGGGGUCCCAGGUGUAGCUUCCCCUGUUAGCAGCACCACCCUGUGCUCAGCCCUCAUCCUGCCAUUCCCCUCAGCACCUCCUCCAGCCCUGCCUGUGUUUGCACCAGCCCUACAAUUCUGCUGCAAACCCCCUCCCUUCAAAUAAAGCCCCCCUGACCCCAUGCCAAAGGUUAAAAUAUCGCCUUUAUUUUCCAUCAGUCAGGACUGGUUGCCAGAACAGCCACAAGUGUAAACUUUGAGGCCACCCCAGGCAAGGGGAGCCCGAGCAUCUCAAAGCCUUCCAGCUAGGCCAGUGGGUCCCUCCGUGUAUAAAAGAGUGUAUUUAAAAAGACAGCAAUAAAAAUCUGCCUCCA